AUGUGUGUAAAUGGUUAUGCACCAUGUCAGCAUGUUCCUAAACAUUUUGCACUAGCAAAUUGUCUCGUCAACAAGAAGUAUUUGUCUAUAAGAGAUGAAAGGCAAAGGUCGUGGAAAUUAAAGCUAAAUUCAUGUAGCGCUCAAGUCUUUAUUGGAGAUGGAUGGCGUAACUUCAUUGCUGACAAUUGCUUAAAGGAGGGAGAUCGUAUUAUGUUUGAGGUUGUUGCUGAUGGAGAGGUGCUUGUAUGGAAAUUUCAUGUAGUUACUGAUGCAGAAACUCCAAUAAGGAAAUUUCAGGAUUUGAGAGCAAAUACAUCACUUCAGCCUGAAGAAAAGAAGCCUAAUUUGGAUGCUAAAAGAGCUUCCACUCAAGAAAAAACGAGCCCCAGCACCGAGUCAUCAGACACGUCUUCUUCCUAUUCAGAAGCUACCAUUCACAAGCCUUUUGGUCUUUCUCGUUUUGUAUGCACUAUUAGACCAUAUUGCCUUAAAUAUGGCUAUUUGUGUGUUCCUCAACAUUUUGCAAGUGCAAACUGUCUCAUCAACAAGAAGUAUGAUUUGUGUAUAAGAGAUGAAAGGCAAAGGUCGUGGAAUUUAAAGUUAAGUUCUUGUAGAGCUCAAGUCUUUAUUGGGGAUGGAUGGCAUAACUUCAUUGCUGACAAUUGCUUAAAGGAGGGUGAUCGUGUUAUGUUUAAGGUUGUUACUGAUGGAGAGGCGCCUGUAUGGAAAUUUCAUAUAGUCACUGAUGCAGAAACUCCAAUAAGGAAAUUUCAGGCAAAUGCUACAGAAAAGCCAAAGCCUCAUGUCAUGUCAUCACACAAUGAUUUCCCCGAUGUAGAAGCAGCUAAGGACAUGCCUCUGGGUCGCCCUCAUUUUAUUUCUACCAUCAAGCCCAGUUGCUUUUCAAAGUAUUUGUUUCAUGUUCCAAAACUAUUUGCACUGGAAAAUGGCCUCAGAGACAGGAAAUGUAGGAUAACGAUAAGAGAUGAGCAAAGGUCAUGGGCGUUUAAGCUGUAUGACAGUGCAGGCAGCACUUUCAUUGGAGGUAGAUGGAAUAAAUUUUGCACUGCUAAUUUCGUAAAGGAAGGAGAUCCCAUAAUGUUUGAGUUGUUUUCCAAGGGAGAGAAACCUGUACUGAAAUUUCACGAUUUGAGAGCAAAUGCAUCACUUCAGCCGGAAGCAAAGGAGCCAAAUUUGGAUGCCAAAAGGGUUUCCUCUCAAAGCCUCAGGAUUGAGACCUCAGAUAUGACUGCUCCAAAAGCACAAGUGUCUACUUCAACAUCUGCUAAUGCUAACCCUCAUUUUAUUUCUACUAUUAAGCAUUACGCCAUCCGCAGACCCUUUUUGUAUCUUCCAAUCGCUUUUGCAAAAUCAAAUGGCUUGUUGAAUCGACGUUGUGAGAUGAUUCUCAAAGAUGAGAAACAGAGAUCAUGGUCGGUGCAGCUACAACCAAGGGGACUUAAAUUUAUAAUUAGCAGGGGAUGGACAGCAUUCAGGAAAGCAAAUGAUGUCCAAUUAGGAGAUACUUACAAGUUUGAACUCAUCAACAACGGAACAAUACCUGUAGCGAAUUUCCAUUGUAAAUAUUCUGGGAAGGAUGUCAAGCAUGAGAGAAGCCCUUGACAAGGAGCACUGAGGAAUAUGAUGCUUUUUGGAUUUACUAGAUGUUGGCUAAAUUAAAAAAGAAGAUGUACUUUGAGAUUUUGUUCUUUAAAAGACAAACCUGUUUUUGUAUGCUGUUAGCAUUACUAACUCUCAAGAUAAGUCACCUUUUGGUUUAAUAUCAUGACACUGGAAAAUAGAGAUGAUUAUGGUGUAUCCGCUCCAUGUGUGGGUGG